CUUGCGGGGCGGGGCGCCAGCGCCUGCAGUUCUCCUCUGAAGUGCGGUUUAGAUGCUUAAUUUAUCUGAUACUGAAUCAUGAAGAACAGAAGAACUCACUGGGAGUGGUUCGGAGUGACAUCGUGCAAUAUGCGGUUAGGACACGUUAUGUGCUCUCUUGUUGCCCGUGUGAAGUUAUAAUGCCGCUGCGCACGGACUCUGUUGCUGCGUAUCUCCACGAAGUGUUCAAGAUAAAGUCGGACAGACAGUGAAACUGGAUAUACUGGACAUUUACAGGACAAACCCGCUGUAUAUGAGUGUGAUUGUGUGCUGGAGGAGAGAUGGGAAACGCAGGCAGCAUGGACCAACAAACUGACUCCAGAGGACCGCACAUCCCUCUGAAACUGCCCAUGCCCGACCCGGGGGACAUCGAGGAGAGAUUUGCGCUCGUUCUGAACUCAAUGAACCUGCCUCCAGACAAAGCAAGAUUACUACGGCAGUACGACAACGAGAAGAAGUGGGAACUCAUCUGUGACCAGGAAAGGUUCCAGGUGAAGAAUCCUCCUCACACAUACAUCCACAAGCUGCAGAGUUAUCUUGACCCGGCCGUGACCAAGAAGAAGUUCAGGAGAAGGGUGCAGGAGUCGACGCAGUUCCUGCGAGAGCUGGAAAUCUCAUUACGGACCAAUCACAUUGGGUGGGUGCGUGAGUUUCUGAAUGAGGAGAACAAAGGUUUGGACGUGUUGGUGGAGUAUCUUUCAUUUGCACAGUGCGCUGUCACAUAUGAUGGUGACUGCUCUGAGAACAGCACAGAUAACUCGGUGGAUAAAUCUAAAGCCUGGAGUCGAUCAAUUGAAGAUCUUCAUGGGGGAAACCAUCUCUCUUCAUCUGUUACAGGACACAACAACUCCAGAACCAGCAGACAUUCAACUUUAAGGUGUAAUACAUUGCCCAACAGGAGAACAUUGAAGAACUCCAGAUUAGUGUGUAAGAAAGAUGAUGUUCAUGUGUGCAUCAUGUGCCUACGAGCCAUCAUGAACUACCAGUAUGGCUUCAACAUGGUCAUGUCUCACCCACAUGCUGUGAAUGAAAUUGCACUAAGUCUGAACAAUAAGAAUCCCAGGACUAAAGCUCUGGUCCUUGAGCUGCUGGCUGCCGUGUGUUUGGUUCGAGGAGGUCAUGAGAUUAUUCUGUCUGCCUUUGAUCAUUUUCUAGAGGUUUGUUCAGAAGAUCAGCGCUUUGCGAGACUCAUGGAGCAUUUCAAGAAUGAAGAUAAUAACAUUGACUUCAUGGUUGCUUGUAUGCAGUUCAUAAACAUUGUGGUUCAUUCUGUGGAAGACAUGAAUUUUAGAGUGCACUUACAGUACGACUUCACAAAACUGGGUUUGGAUGAGUAUCUGGACAAACUGAAGCACACAGAGAGCGAUAAACUGCACGUGCAGAUUCAAGCGUAUCUGGAUAACGUGUUUGAUGUCGGAGCUCUGCUAGAAGAUGCAGAGACAAAGAACGCAGCACUGGAGAGAGUGGAGGAGCUCGAGGAGAACAUGUCUCAUCUGACAGAGAAGUUGCAGGACACAGAGAAUGAGGCGAUGGCAAAGAUCGUUGAGCUGGAGAAACAACUCAUGCACAGAAAUAAAGAGUUGGAGUCUAUUCGGGUGGUGUAUAAAGACGCCAACUCUCAGGUGCACACAUUGCAGCGGAUGGUGAAGGAGAAAGAUGAGGCCAUUCAGAAGCAGAGUAACCUGGAGAAGAAGAUCCAUGAGCUGGAGAAACAGGGAACCAUCAAAAUCCAGAAGAAAGUAGACGGGGACAUUGCCAUCCUCACGUCACCCCCGCAGGGAAACGGACAUCUGCUGGGCGCAGAGGGUGUGGUUGAGGUGUCUGGUGCAGGCAUGGUCAGUUCUGGGGGUGUGGCUAACGCGGAGACACACUGCACUCCCAUGCCUGAAACACCCCUGCCCCCUCCCCCUCCUGCGAUGUCUGUGACAGUACUGAACGGUCCAUCUGCUGCUCCACCACCUCCUCCACCACCUCCUCUCCCAGGCCCUGCUGUGGAGAUAUCUGCCUCCCUGCCCCCUCCUCCACCCCCCAUGGCACCUCCUCUUCCUGGCUGUGGAUCUCCCACUGUUAUCAUGAACUCAGGGCUGGCAGCUGUGAAGAUCAAGAAACCCAUUAAGACUAAGUUUCGUAUGCCAGUGUUUAAUUGGGUGGCUCUGAAACCCAAUCAGAUCAACGGCACUGUGUUUAACGAGAUCGAUGAUGAGAGAAUACUGGAGGAUCUGAAUGUGGAUGAGUUUGAGGAGAUGUUUAAGACAAAAGCGCAGGGACCAGCCAUUGACAUCACCUCCAGCAAACAGAAGACUGCUCAGAAAGGACCAAACAAAAUCUCGCUGCUUGACUCAAACAGAGCGAAAAAUCUGGCCAUCACACUGAGGAAAGUGGGCAAGACUUCGGAGGAGAUCUGCAGAGCCAUUCAGGUGUUUGACUUGCGGACAUUGCCGGUGGAUUUUGUGGAGUGUUUGAUGAGGUUCAUUCCGACCGAAGCAGAGGUAAAAGUUCUGCGGCAGUACGAGAAAGAACGCAAGCCACUGGAGAACCUGACAGAUGAAGACCGCUUCAUGAUCCAGUUCAGUAAAGUAGAGCGCCUCAUACAGAAGAUGACCAUCAUGGCAUUUGUGGGGAAUUUCUCAGAGAGUAUUCAGAUGCUCACACCGCAACUUCACGCUGUUAUUGCAGCUUCUGUGUCCAUUAAAUCCUCACAGAAACUCACGAAGAUUCUGGAAAUCAUCUUGGCUCUGGGAAACUACAUGAACAGCAGCAAAAGAGGAGCCGUGUACGGGUUCAAACUUCAGAGUUUAGACCUGUUAUUUGACACCAAAUCAACAGACCGCAAGAUCACUCUUCUGCACUAUAUUGCAAAUGUAGUGAAGGAAAAAUACCAGCAGGUGUCGCUCUUCUAUAAUGAACUGCACUAUGUGGAGAAAGCUGCAGCAGUGUCUCUGGAGAAUGUGUUAUUAGAUGUGAAGGAGCUUCAGAGGGGGAUGGAUCUGUCCAGGAGAGAGUACAGUAUGCACGGACACAACACACUGCUCAAGGAUUUCAUACUGCAGAACGAGAACAAACUAAAAAAACUCCAGGAUGAUGCCAAGAUCGCUCAGGAUGCCUUUGAUGAGGUGGUGAAGUUCUUUGGAGAAAAUUCCAAAACAACGCCACCGUCUGUGUUUUUCCCAGUAUUUGUGCGCUUUGUGAAGGCAUAUAGGCAAGCAGAGGACGAGAAUGAGCAGAGAAAAAGACACGAGCAGAUGAUGAUGGAGAAACUGAUAGAGCAAGAGGCCUUGAUGGAGAUAGAUAAUCAAAAGUCUCCCUCUCAUAAGAAUAAACGGCAGCAGCAGGAGCUGAUCACAGAGCUGAGGAAGAAGCAGGUGAAGGACAGCAGACAUGUGUAUGAGGGGAAAGACGGAGCCAUCGAAGACAUCAUCACAGCCUUAAAGAAGAAUAAUAUUACUAAAUUUCCCAAUGUGCACUCGAGGGUAAGGAACUCUUCCAGUAGUACCCCAGUGGAUGCUACUCAGACCUGAUUUGAGGAGUCAGCCUUACAGGCGUGCUGAUGCCAUCCGGAGGAGCGUUCGAAGGCGAUUUGAUGAUCAGAAUUUGCGGCCGAUCAACGGUGCAGAGAUAGUCAUGUGACGAGGGCAGAGUGGAUGUGAUUGGAUGUGCUGGAGGAACGGAGGAGCUUACUUGCUCCCGAGUGAGAUGAUAAUGGACUUAUGAAGGGCGUAAGACGAUGAUAGCGGGGUCGGAAAGUCAGAGCUACUCUUCACAACAAACCAAGUGCCUACAUUUAACAUCUGUUCCAUCAGCUGUUGAAUCAUGAGUAUUGUUUCGUCAUUGUCUUGUGAUUUUAUUGUACUACAAGCAUUGUCUUCAUCUGCCUUUUAUGGUUUUUGUUCUGGAAAUGGAGAAUUCUCAGUGGAAUAGUUCACCUUUAACUGAAAAUUCGGUCAGCAUUUCCUCUUUUCGUUCCGAAUAUGAUUUUCUUCCAUGGAGAACACAAAAAGAGAAUUUUCAUUUUCGGUUGAACUUUCCCUUUAAGAAAGUUUGAAUGUAAGAUUUUCAACACUUUAUGUAUCAUGAACCUGUACAAUGGCUCUUACAUUACAGUGGCUUUGCCACAUAUCUUGGCUUAGUCAGAAGUUUUAAGCACUUUUUUUUUACAUCUGAACACAAGGGCUAAUAACCUUCCAGAGUAUUACAGUCAUGGUGGGGAUAUCUCAGGGGCCACGAGCCUGAUGUCACUCACUUGGCCACAUAUUGUAAUAGCAGUAAAUAGACUGAACUCUGUCAAGUAAGAAAAGGUAAAAGGAAAGUGUUUUUACCUCUCACUUGGGAAGGCAUAUAUGUAGUCUGUACAUCUAUACGUCUUCUGUGACCAGACGUAAUUAUGUCUGAAAUAAAACACUGAGCAAAUAAAUCUGGCUUUAGGUUAUAGCCCUCGAAUUGUGAAAUUUAAGUGAACAUCAGGUUCAAUACAAUUAAAGCUCAAUCAACAACAUUUGUGGCAUAAUGUUGAUUAGCACAAAAAAUUAUUUCAACUCAUUCCUCCUUUUCUUUAAAUAAAACAAAAAUCGAGGUCACAGUGAGGCACUUACAAUGGAGGUGAAUGGGGCCACGUUUGGGAGGGUUUAAAGGCAGAAAUGUGAAGCUAAUAAUUUAAUAAAAUCACUUGCAUUAAUUCUUCUGUUAAAACUCAUUUAUUAUUUGAGCUGUGAAGUUGUUUAAAUCGUAAUUUCUACAGUUGAUUUAGGAUUUUGACUUUUUUUUUUAAGAAAAGGAGGGACGAGUCGAAUUUAUUUUUUGUGGUAAUCAACAUUAUGCCACAAAUACUGUUGAUUGAGCUUAACUUGUAUUGAACCUGGAAUACUGCUUUAAAACAAAAUACGUUGAGUGGUAAGCGACUGAAUUCGGGGUGGUUCUACGAUGACCUGGACAAAUGAAAAUCACAGAUUUUCACGUUUCUUCGAGUUCUAUUUAAAACAAUGGCAAACACAUUCCAAAAAAAGCAAAAAAAAAAAAAAAAAAGGCUUUUGUAAAUGCACAGAUAUUUAUCUUUUUUUUAACUUUUUAAUCUUCAAUAUUGUAUAUAUUGUUUAAAAAGCUUAAAUUUUAGCAUCCUGUACUACAUCAUUUAAAUAUUUUAACUUAUGUUUUCUCCUUUUCUUUGAUUUUUGUUUAUUUAAUAAAACUGAAAACCUGAAUUUGGGCCAUUUAGACAUGCAGUAUAGAAACAGCACGCUGUCAUGACAGAAUUUUACAUUUACAGUAAAACAUCUCAUCAUAUAGCUGCACAAUUAUAGCAUUUAUAAAAAAAAAUUCUAAUCGUGCGCCAUUCACAAAAAUGGAAUUGAACUGGUGAGUUUUUCUUUUGUUUUUUUUUGUCUCAAAUACAAAAUGAACUGUAUGCAUGUUUGCUUACUGCAGAUCUGUUGCCAUUACUAAGUUAGAUACUUGAUUUCCCAACAUCUGAU